GAGAAGAGGGGGGAGGAGAGGUGAGGAAAGGGGAGGAGAGAAGGGAGGUGAGGAGAGGAAGUAGGGAGCUGAAAGCCGGUUUGCGAAGCUGGAAGAUGAUGAGCAGCAAACGGCGUGAGGCUCAGCGGCAGCUGUCGGCGGAGCGGCCGGGACAGGGCAUCAAGCGGCCCCGGGCGCCCGCCUCCACCGCCGCCUCCACCGCCGCCUCCACCACCGCAGCCGCCCCUCGGCUCAAGGACCUGUCCGGUGCUGAAAGCAGCGGCCGUGCCAAACCCCCGCUGCCCACUUGGAUGCGGAUGUAUUUCUACGGGAUGCACGGCAUAACCCUGGACGUCCUGCUGUCGUCGGCCCGGCGCUUCGUGGAGACCGGCGACCCCAAGUUGCUGGGCUACUCCUCGCCUUACCUCGGGCUGCUCCACUCGCUCUCCUACCUGGCCCUGGAGAAGGUCUACCUGCAGGAGAAGAACUUCCAAGGCUGCCCCGCCGUAUUCCACCUGGUGGUCUACCCUUCGGUGUACGUGGUCUUGAAGAGCCUGUUGACCUCGCUGGUGGAAGGGUCGCCCUCCUCGCUCACCACCGUCCUCUUCUACUACCUCCUCUCACUCUACGAAUCCCAGCUCUUCCUCAAAGGCUUCCUCCGCCUGCAAUGCUGCUGCCGGGCGAGGUUCCCCGAGCGCCUGCCCUCGCCCCGGGGUCUGCCCGGCUCCCUCCGCUUCGUCUUCUACGGGAUGCACGGGCUCCUGGACGAGAUCUUCUUCACUUCCGUGUUCAACCUGGUGGAGCGAUCCGACCGCACGCUGCUGGGCCACACGUCGCCCUGGUCCUUCCUCAUGUACGGCAGCUGCAGCUUCGUGGUGGAAAAGCUCUACUUCCACCUCUACCACCGUCUGGGCUGGGGCACCUGGCAGAGGUUACCGGUCUACGUCCUCUUCAUAUACACCUGGGAACUCACCUGGGGACUGGGACUCCGCCGAUUCAACGCCUGUUCCUGGGACUACUCCCACUACCCGCUCAACUUCAUGGGUCUCAUCACCUUGAUGUAUCUGCCCGGUUGGGUCGCUCUCAGCUACUACCAAGACGUGUUGUCCAACGUCUUACAUCGUGUGCAGUGUGCCGCAGGCAGAGGGUCUAAGACUGCCGACAGUAACGGUAAAAGCAAAGCAUCAUCAUCAUCUUGACUCAAGCAACAGCCCUCUUCAUUUUUUUUUUAAAGACUACAUCUGAAACUAAUUGGAAUUUUGAUAACGAUGGGAUAUAUUUUAAUAAACGACGGAAGGGUCGCAGUCAGAUAUUUUAGCUCUGGAUUAGGUAGAUUUAACAAUUAACGACCAGCAAGACCGGUUUCCAAUGGCCUGCAUGCUCCCGUCUUUUCUUUUGGGACCGACGACCGUACUG